UGUUUCGGAUAAUAUUAGUUUCAUUUUAGAUAUAAAUAAGCAUAUUUUUUUUCUCUAAACACUAAAACUUCAUCUUUUAAUUAUCGAUUUUUUUUUUAAAAAAAAAUAAAAGAAAAUUAUGUCAGCUUAUAAAACCGCUAUAGAAAAUACUCCGGAAGUAGUUGCAGCUGCUGCGGAAUUUGCUGGAAGUGUAGCUGACUUAGGCAAUUCGUUAGAUAUUGCAAAAGCUACUCUUGGAGCCGUAGGAACUGUAGGAGAGGCUAUUAAACCAUUCGUUCCAUUAAUUGCAGUUGUUACAACGGUAAUUAGUGAAAUUAUCACUAUCUAUGAAGACGCUCAGUAUAACAAAAAAAUUUGCAAUGCUUUAAUGGAUAGAGUUCAAACAGCCGAAAGUGCUAUUAAAACUUUAAAUAGACGAAAGCAAGAAAAUGAAAAAAAUUUCCUUAGUAAGGAAUAUUAUAAAGCAUUUGUAAAAUUUACUGAUGUUAUGAAAAAAAUUAAAGAUUUUAUUAGGGACAUUAGUCAAUUACAAGGUUACAAAAAAUUCAUACAUGCUAGUUCUAUUAAAGAUAAAUUUAAUCAUUUAGUUGAUGAAUUUGAUACUGUUAUGAGUGAUUUACACUUUACUUUGACGGUUGCCAACGAAGUACAAAGAGAAAUUGAUCAAAAAGCACUUGCUGAUGAUAUUGCCGAAAUGACAAAGUUCUUGGAAAGGAUUGAAGGUGGUAUUACCGCUGGUAAUAACCAAAUUAAUACGGUUCUUCAAGAAGUCAUAUUAAUUAAGAAUCAAAUAGAAACAUUUACUGAUAUUAAGAGAAGUUAUUUACCAAUACCCGAGACUAUAAAAGCGACUACAAUAGAUCCAAAAGAACUUACAGAUCCUAUUGGAGGUAAAGCAUCUGACCGUCGUGGGAAAAAAGAACCUUUUAUUUUAAAGAAAACUUUGAAAAAUAGUAUAGAGGUUGCUUGUGUUCCUAAAUCAAUCCCUGAAGAUAAUUCUAUGAAAGCUCAAAAGAUUCAAGCUCAGCUUGCUAUUUUGGGGAAACUUCAAGAUUCUCCUAACAUAUUGAAAUUUUAUGGACUCUCUCAUGUUGAUGAUAAUUUAGUUAUGAUACUUGAAUGGGCUGAAUUGGGAAAUCUUCGCGAAGUUUAUAAUAAAUUCGAUAUCGUCUGGACUGCAAAAGUAUCUAUUGCUCUUGGAAUUUGUCGAGGCAUCACUUUCUUGCAUUCCUGUAAUAUUUAUCAUCACGAUGUUCGUUGUGAAAAUGUUAUGAUGACUUGGCAUUUGGAGCCUAAACUUACAAAUUUUGAAUAUGCGCGUCUUACAACUGAUUCCACCUCUAACGUUACUAAUCUAACUGAAAUUGUGCAUUGGCUUGCUCCUGAGAAAUUGAGAUCUGCUAACGUUCAACGUUAUAACGCAAAAUGUGAGAUUUUUAGUUUUGGUAUGUUACUCUGGGAGUUGGCUUUUGAAAAAGUUCCUUAUGAAAAUUGGGAUAUGAACAAAAUAAGAGAUCAUGUUUUGGCUAACAAAAGAGAAAAGAUUUCCUUUGGUAAAGAAUCAAGCAAUAUACAAAAACUACAACAAGGUUAUGCGAAAAUUAUUGUUGCUGCCUGGCAAGAUGACCCACAAAUUCGAGCGUCAUUGCAAGAAAUAUUUUUAGAAUUACACUCAUUGUAUACAGAGUUUUGUUCCACAGUAAACAGUUCUCCUGUUCUUAAACCCGAUAAAAGUUUAGAUUUAGAUGGAUCUAAAGCAACAGCUCCAGUUUCUAUUAGUGAUGAAGGAGGGUUAGAAUUGCCAGAUAUGGAGGAUUUCUCUAUUGAUGCUAUAGUUGAAAUUAUGCCACUUGAAGAAGGCAUUGCAGCUCAUAAGAAAAAAGAAUUUCAAGUAGCAUGGGAAUGUUUUAACGCACAUUCGGAUUUAGGAAACACAACAGCUAAAUAUUGGAAAGGAUAUUAUUUAUGGGAAGGUUAUGCUUGCGAAAAAGACAGAGUUGAGGCAUCAAAUUUAUUUAAAGAAGCGGCUGAUGAUGGAUUACCAGAUGCACAAUUAAGAUAUGCAUUUAGUUUGGUUGGAAAUCCCGGAGCUAAAUUUGAUAAAGGUGUAUUUAUUGAAUAUCUUACAAAAGCUGCAGAAAAUAAUAAUAGUACAGCCCAAUUUAAUUUAGGUGAUUUAUAUAUGCACGGUAAAUUGAAUGUACCAAAAAAUGAAGAAUUAGGUAUAAAAUAUUUAAAAUUAGCCGCAUUAUCUAAUCAGCCCAAAGCUAUUGAAAUCUUACAAAAAUUGAAAAUUAACAUUUAUAAUGACGAUAAAAUUCUUACAUAAUUUGAGGAGUUAUUCUUAGUGUAGUGUGUGAUUUAACGUGUAAUAGAACUAUUUAUGAUUUUUAUAUUUAAGUGUAAUUUAUUAUUAUUUUUUUUUACGUUAUUAAUAGAAUGAAUCAAAUAAAAAAAACCAAAAUUUCAAUUAGAUUAAUUGAUCAUCAAAUUACUCUUAACGUAAAAGUACUAUACCUAUACGUUUCAAUCACGAUCGGCAUAUAUUGAAAGAAUAUAAUUAUAUAACAUUUUCUAAAAGUCGGGUCUAAACCGCGCAAUAUUAUAUGUACUGUACAUAAACAAAACUGCAAAAAUCAUCGCUUGAUAUAAGCAUCUUAUUUUUAGUAUAAUAAAGUAAAAA